CCCUGAUUAGGAGUGUAAACAGCGAGAUUAUAAAAUUUACACUUAAAGGUAGAAGCUUCGCUCAAGAAGAAAUUGUUCAACCAUUAGAAACCCUUUCUCAAGUUUUCCAAAAGGGGCUUUUUGCUCUGUCAAAAGGAGGAAGGAGGGAAAAUUUUGUGGGAAAAGUUGGGGGAAAACAGAAGUCACGUGAGAAUACAAGAAUCUCUCAAAUAUAAACGGAAAAUUUAACAGAAAAAUAUUUUUGGUCAACUUUUGGGAAACUUGAAGGAUGUUUAAGUAUUAUAAGGAUGCAGUGAAAGUUAGGGCGAAACAAGAUAGAUGAUUUUUGUCAAAUUCUCUAAUCUUUACUUUCGUUUUCCUGAACUAAACAAAGCUUUCUUUUGGAUCUUUCGUCUCCUUCGCAAUUUCAUUUCAUAAAAUUUCCCAAAAUUUUCUUUGCUAAAAGAGCUAGGACUCAACUCUGCAAAACCCCCAAAUGGACGAGGUGGUGGAGGAAGUAGAAAAAGUGAAAAAAGAUUUUGAAGAAACAUACAAACAGACACAACAACACAUCAAUUCCAUUCAGGAAUAUGGCAAAUCGACGAGAUUAAUUUCAGAAGAGAAAAGUUCACUCCCAAGAUUGAAUGGUGUAGCUCAAGAUGGGAUGAAUUUGCUUCAAUCACUCCAAUUCAAGCUUGAUCUCUUAGCCCCACAACUCCCUUUUGAUGAUCAAGUUGUAAAAACUCAGUCUUUGGCUCAAUCUUGGAAAACCCAAAUCCAAAGCUUGAGGUUGAGUUUAAGAAACGCUAAUUUACAAGCAAAGGCAAACAUGAGGAAAGCUGCUCAAGAAGAGAGGGAGCUUCUGUUGGGAGGUGGAGAAGAAUCUACAGUUCGCAGGCGAAAUCUACAGACAAAAGCUGGAAUGACAUCUGCAUCUGAAAGCAUCACGGAGAGCCUACGCCGCACUCGCCAACUUAUGGUUCAGGAGGUUGAAAGAAGUGCAAGCACUCUAAUGACAGUUGAUGAAUCAACAGGGGUAUUAACGAAAGCUGAGAGUGAAUACAAAGGCCACCGCUCCUUGCUAACACGAACGCGGAGCCUUCUGUCCACAAUGCAACGGCAGGACGUUCUGGACAGGGUGAUACUGGUUGUUGGAUUUAUUAUUUUCUCCUUGGCUGUUCUUUAUGUGGUUUCAAAGCGUAUUGGCCUGCUCAAGUUGCAGCGUAAGCUCAUUGAAGCUGUGAAGACUGGUACAGCUGGACAGGUGGAGAUAGUACCCAGAGUCGGUAGAGAAGGUGCAAAUGUUGCUCAGGUUCAGAUGAAUCCCGUACCCGAGUUAAAUGUACCCUUAGAACAAGCAAUGCAUGAUGAACUUUGAAUUCUCUUUAGUUUUGUACAUUUUCUUUGUUACAUGCAAUUUCAUCUAUGAAGCUCCGUUUCUUGGUACAACAUUUCAAUAACAUAGUUUUGUGUUCUUUUGUUAUUUCUA